AUGCUCCCUCCCUCGCGAGGCGGAGGACGCCGGGGCGCGCCGCCGCCGAUCGCCCGAGAAAGUGAAACGGUAACGGUUCCUCCCAGACCGUUUUCGUUCACGCUCGCGUUCCCGUACUCCACGCGCGCGGUGCUCUGCGCGUACAUGAUCGUCGCGCACCCGGAGAUCGUGUUGGGCGUCGAAGACGACGAAGACGAAGACGAGGACGCGCGGCGGACGGCGCGACGGCGACUCGGCGCGAUCGAAUCUUCGCUCGCCGCCGCCGCCUCCGCCCUGGUCGACGCCGUCGACGCCGCCGCGAGGGAUCGAACCCGCGCGACGACCGAGACGUUCCACGACGCGUGGCGCGCGUACGCGCGCGCGUUCGUGUCCUGGAAAACGAACGACGCCGCGGCGUUACAAGCCGCGCUCGUGGGCGUCGCCGUCGAGCUCGAACGCUCCGCGCUGAGAAAGUGCGGGACGCGGUGGAUGACGUCCCCGGACUCGCGGUUCGACGGCGCGCGCGACGACGACGGAUGCCACGUCAGCGGACAUGUCAGCAACGUAUCGGAUCUCGCGGCGGAGGAUAAGUGCGCGAUUCGCGAGGCGUGCGACGCGGACAAGGCGCUGCUCCGCGGGAAAGUCGUCGCGCUCGCGGGAGACGCGGGCGCGGAGGCGUUCGACGCCGCGCUCGCGGAGACGUUCCUGGCCGUCGAGGCGGAGGAAGAAGCCGCGGCCGCCGCCACGGCGGCGGCCACGUGUGCAGACGCGGGUGCCGACGCGGGUGCCGACGACGGCGCCGCCGAGGACGCGCGGCGCGCGGCGAGGACGCGACGAAGCGCCGCGUUCGCGGAGGAGAUCGCGCGUCGACGCGCGGCGGCGGCGGCGGCGGCGGCCGCGUCCGCGUCCGACAGCGCCACGUCAGCUGCCACGUCAGCUUCUGCUUCGUCGUCGCGCGAGAACGAGGCGAUCAUGCACGAGCUCCUGCUCGAUCCGAGUUGGCGACUCCCGAGGCGCGAUGACGACGUGGCAGUCGACGUGGCGUCGGAGCCUCGCACGCCCGCGGAAGCCGCCGCCGUCGUCGAGCGCCGACUUCGACGCGCGAUGGAGGACCAAUUUUGGAAAUCGCUCGAAGACUCCCUCCUCGACGUCGCGCCGAGCAGAGCGGAAGAUGGAACGUCGACCGGCGCCGACACCUUCGCGUUCGCGGACGUCUCGCGCGCGGUCGCGCUGACGACCGAGCUCCGCGACGAGCUCGCGUCGCUCUGCCCGCCUCGCGCUCGGACGGCCGACGAGCGCGAUUUACUGGAGCGCGCGUUGACCCCCGAAAACGUCCGCGACGCGUUGACGCCCGCGCCGAACGACCCGAUCGCCGCUGGCGCCGCGCUCGCGUCGAUCCACGACGCCGCCGCCGCGAUGCUGCGGCGGAUGGGCGCGCCGGCGCGCGACGACGAAGCCGAGGCGCGCGCGGAUGCCAAGACCGCGGAGCUCAGCGAGCGAUUCGCGGCGGCGGCGGCGGCGGCGGCGGCGCGCGACGCGCGCGCCGCCGCGCGCGCCGUCGCCGCCGCGGUGACGUCCUCGCUCUCGUUCCUGCACCGCGAGCUCCGCGACCUGCGGCGCGACGUCGCGAACGCGGGCGUGCUCGCGCUCGAGCCGCUCGCGCGAGGCGUCGGCGGCGCGCGAUACGCGCGCGAGCGGUUCGCGGCUCGAUUUGGCGCGCCGACGCGCGACGAGCUCGAGGACGCGUUCCGCGAGGAGGGCGCGAUCAACGUUCCGGGCGCGUGCGAGGGCGUGAAGGACGCGCUGCCGAGGACGCGCGCGUGGAUUACGCGCGGGCUGUCGCGCGCGCACGCGCUGGACGCGUCGCUCGCGGCGGCGACGGCGGCGGCGUCGACGCCGCUCCCGAUGCGAACGGGGGGGCGGAGCUCCGCCGCCGACGCGGCGGCGGACGCCGACGACGACGAUCGAAGGCGGAUCGCGUCCUCGUGGACGCCCGCGAUGCCGGUCUCCCCGCGCGGGCUACUACGCGUCGCGCUCGCGUUGUUGGUAUCGAAGUGCUCGAGGCUCUCGGAGGAAUCGCUUCCGGAGACGCUCGAGUUCGACGGCGAUCGAAUAACGGCGGCGCAGGAGGCGUUUCAGAAGAUAACGGUCAUGUGCGCGUGCGUUUCUAUCGCGAACGACGCGAAAGCGAACGCGAAAUCGCACGCGCCGAGUCUCGAGUCGCUUCGGAGACGCCUCGACGCGCUGCUGAACGACGGCGGCGUGCGCCUCGCCGAUCUCGCGUUGGAGCUCGCGACGUUUACGACGCCGUCUCCCGCGACGGCGGAAGACGGAACGUCAUCCGUCGCGGCGUCCGCUGCCGCGCACGAGGCGAGCUUGCGUCGACUGACGUCCGAGGACGAUCCAGACGCGGUCGGGCUGCGCGAGGCGGUGCGCGACGCGCUGUGCGCGCGUCUCUUGCUCGGGCCGGACGCGGCGGCGGCGGCGGCGGCGCGCGUUUCCGGCUUCGGGGUCUCGCGCGACGUGGACGCGCUCGCGCGCGAGAUCGCGCUCGGGAUCGGCCGCGUGACGUGGGACGUCCACGCCUCGUACUACAAAGCGCUCACGAUCGGAAUCCUCGCGGAGGAGGACGAGCUGUAG